AUCCGUGACCCCCUCUACAUCCCAACCCCAAAAAUCUUGCAAGUCGUUGAUCUGGAAAAGUCGGAACGCUUUGCUUCUCCUCCCCGCGAAUCAAGAGUUCAUCAGCCUAAACAGACAGGCACAUCAUGGCAGCCCAGACCGAACCCGAGAUCAUCCUCUACGACCUUGCCUGCACCAAGAACGUCUGCUUUUCCCCUGUUGUUUGGCGCAUCCGCCUCAUGCUUAACUACAAGCAAGUCCCUUACAGGACCAUCUUCCUCGAGUUUCCCGACAUCGAGCCCACGCUGAAGGGGUUGGGCCUGGUUCCGGGCGAAUCCAGUUCGGCAUCCAAGAUCAAGUAUACCGUCCCGGCCAUCCACCACGUGCCGACCGGCUCGUACAUGAUGGAGUCAGGCCCGAUCUCCCAGUUCCUCGAGUCGACCUACCCAGACCCGCCAGUGCCCUUGACGUCGGAGCUGGGCCGGGAGAUCGAAGCCCAAGCGCGCCGUGUGCUCGGCGCGGUCUUCCAGGCGUCGACGAUGCCGCGCGAGGUCAACAUCCUUUCACCCCGCGCACAGGAGUACUUCCGACGCACCCGCGAGGCCAUGCUGGGCCACCGCCUCGAGGACCUGCUGGACCCCGACAGGGAGGACGAGAGCUGGGCCGCGGCGGGCGACGGCAUGCGCGCCGUCGGCCAGCUGAUGCAGACGCACCAGGCCGAGGGCCCGUUUGUGCUGGGCGCCCGGCCCAGCUACACCGACUUCUUCAUCGCCGGGUCCCUCCAGUCGGCGAGGGUGGUGGAUGAGGGUGUUUUCCGCCGGAAUAUCAAGGACCCUGGUUUCAAAGGGAUCUAUGAGGCGUGUGUCCCUUAUAUGGAGAAGAAGGAUUGAGCACCGAAUUAUGGGGUUGGAACCAGCGUUUGAUGCCUCAUUCCCUUAUAGAUCAUAAGAAGGUUUGCUCAAUAGAAGAGAUAGACCACCCUCACGCUCGGGGGAAUAGUUACAGACACACAUUGUUGAGCA